AUGGCGGCGCUGGCCACGAAGGUGAAGCAUAGAACCGUUUGGUUUGAUUUGUUAGAUAACAUCACUUGCUUUAAUGCCAAUAUUUGUCUUUUACUCAGGAUCACAAUUAAUAAGGAUACAAAAGUACCAAAUGCCUGUUUGUUUACAAUCAACAAGGAAGACCACACCCUUGGAAAUAUUAUUAAAUCGCAAUUACUGAAAGACCCUCAGGUGUUGUUUGCAGGAUACAAGGUCCCACAUCCUCUGGAACAUAAAAUCAUCAUUCGAGUUCAGACCACUCCUGAUUACAGUCCCCAGGAAGCUUUCACCAAUGCUAUCACGGACCUGAUCAGUGAACUCUCCCUUCUGGAGGAGAGAUUCAGGGUUGCCAUCAAAGAUAAACAAGAAGGAAUUGAAUAGAACGUGAAGCUUAGAGUGGACGUUUUUU